GGUUGUAGCUGCAACCUCGGCGGUCCUUGGUUUGUAACACCGGCGCCUCCCAGUCGGGCGGUUGAGCAUCUGUGAUUGGUUGACAAGAGCACAGCGCUCGUUGCCUGGUGCACGAGAGGAACCGAUGGGCAAAAAAAAACACUAGGGGUAAUUUGUGUAAAAUGGCGCUGUCUCAAGGAACAAAGAAAAAAGUUUGCUAUUACUAUGACGGGGACGUGGGGAACUACUACUAUGGCCAGGGUCAUCCCAUGAAACCCCACAGGAUCCGCAUGACGCACAACCUCCUUCUCAACUAUGGACUGUACAGGAAAAUGGAGAUCUAUAGACCACACAAAGCCAGUGGGGAAGAGAUGACUAAAUACCACAGUGAUGACUACAUUAAGUUCCUGAGGUCCAUCCGACCGGACAACAUGUCUGAGUAUAGCAAACAGAUGCAGAGAUUCAAUGUCGGCGAGGACUGUCCCGUGUUCGAUGGUCUGUUUGAGUUUUGCCAGCUCUCAGCAGGUGGAUCUGUCGCUGGGUCAUUGAAGUUGAACAAGCAGCAGACGGACAUCGCCAUCAACUGGGCCGGCGGACUCCACCACGCCAAGAAGUCCGAGGCCUCAGGUUUCUGCUACGUCAACGACAUCGUCCUGGCCAUCCUCGAGCUGCUAAAGUACCACCAGAGGGUGUUAUACAUCGACAUUGACAUUCACCACGGUGAUGGAGUGGAGGAGGCCUUCUACACCACAGACAGGGUCAUGACUGUCUCUUUCCACAAGUAUGGGGAAUACUUCCCUGGCACUGGAGACCUUAGGGACAUCGGAGCAGGAAAGGGGAAGUACUACGCAGUAAACUACCCGCUGAGAGACGGGAUUGAUGAUGAGUCCUAUGAAGCCAUCUUCAAACCUAUCAUGGCUAAAGUCAUGGAGAUGUACCAGCCGAGUGCUGUUGUUCUCCAGUGUGGAGCGGAUUCUCUUUCUGGAGACCGACUCGGCUGCUUCAACCUCACCAUCAAAGGCCACGCCAAAUGUGUGGAGUACAUCAAAAGUUUCAACCUGCCCCUGCUGAUGCUGGGCGGAGGAGGCUACACCAUUCGCAACGUGGCCCGUUGCUGGACGUACGAAACGGCCGUCGCCUUGGACUGCUCCAUCCCCAACGAGCUGCCCUACAAUGAUUACUUUGAGUAUUUUGGGCCCGACUUCAAGCUGCAUAUCAGCCCGUCCAAUAUGACCAACCAGAACACCAACGAAUACCUGGAGAAGAUCAAGCAGCGUCUGUUUGAAAACCUCCGCAUGCUGCCUCACGCCCCCGGUGUCCAGAUGCAGGCGAUCCCCGAGGACGCUCCCCACCCGGACAGCGGAGACGAGGAGGAGGAGGAGGACCCCAACAAACGCAUCUCUAUCCGGGCCCACGACAAGAGGAUAGCCUGUGAGGAAGAGUUUUCUGACUCCGAGGACGAGGCGGAGGGGCAGGGAGGAGGCCGGAGGAACGCAGCCAACCACAAGAAGAUGAAACGAGUGAAGAAGGAGGAAGAGAAGGAAGCAGAGGAAAAGAAAGAAGUGAAGGAGGAGGAGAAGGAGGAAGAGAAGAUGGACACAUCAGGGGGACCAAAAGAAGAAGUGAAGACGACUUGAAGUCCGACUCGGAGACGGCCGUUUGUCCUCGAGCGCUACUGAUUCCUAUAGGACCCUUUUUCUAAUCCUUUUACUGUGUUCUUAUUGGCAAACCUGGUUUACGCCGUAUUAUUUACAAUCGUUACCAACCAGUGAAGCUCAGUGUAACCGCCACUCAACUGGAACUUUGUGUCGUAUAAAACAAAUCCUCCUCAGCUGUUGUGUGAAGAAAAGCACUCGUACUGUUCCAUAAUGGCAUUUCAGGUUGAUGGGGUUCACGUUAACACACCUGCAGAGAUGUAGAUCAUUUCUAAGUGUAGUCACAUGCAAAAAGGCUUGUUAGUUUUUAAACAUCUAUUUAGGAUAGCGUUAGAAUAACCAGCAUUUAGCAAACUGCUCGGCUUGCUGCUAACGUCUCAGUGAAUGCAUGUUUCAGGACGCCUUUGCCAAGACAGGUGUGAUCUCUGCUUAGUAACUUAUUUUAAAUCAUGAUUACAGUUUAGCCCAUCGACCUGUGAAUAUCUGCUCCGUUUCUUUUCUUCCUGCAUCGUUUGUAUGUUGAAGUAUAAAUGGGUGCUAAUGUUUGCAAGUGACUUGUUUUAGAUAUUUUAUACAUUAAGGUGGAGGGAGCCGGUAAAAUGGCUUCUCUACAUGUUUGGAGUUUUCUCCAUGUGAAAUGUGCAUUAUCAUAACUUUGUAAUAAAACCGAAGAAAAACUGA